AAGACAGACAGGCAUCAAUGAGUAUUGUGUUAGUGAUCCAAGACAGACAGGCAUCAAUGAGUAUUGUGUUAGUGAUCCAAGACAGACAGGCAUCAAUGAGUAUUGUGUUAGUGAUCCAAGACAGACAGGCAUCAAUGAGUAUUGUGUUAGUGAUCCAAGACAGACAGGCAUCAAUGAGUAUUGUGUUAGUGAUCCAAGACAGACAGGCAUCAAUGAGUAUUGUGUUAGUGAUCCAAGACAGACAGGCAUCAAUGAGUAUUGUGUUAGUGAUCCAAGACAGACAGGCAUCAAUGAGUAUUGUGUUAGUGAUCCAAGACAGACAGGCAUCAAUGAGUAUUGUGUUAGUGAUCCAAGACAGACAGGCAUCAAUGAGUAUUGUGUUAGUGAUCCAAGACAGACAGGCAUCAAUGAGUAUUGUGUUAGUGAUCCAAGACAGACAGGCAUCAAUGAGUAUUGUGUUAGUGAUCCAAGACAGACAGGCAUCAAUGAGUAUUGUGUUAGUGAUCCAAGACAGACAGGCAUCAAUGAGUAUUGUGUUAGUGAUCCAAGACAGACAGGCAUCAAUGAGUAUUGUGUUAGUGAUCCAAGACAGACAGGCAUCAAUGAGUAUUGUGUUAGUGAUCCAAGACAGACAGGCAUCAAUGAGUAUUGUGUUAGUGAUCCAAGACAGACAGGCAUCAAUGAGUAUUGUGUUAGUGAUCCAAGACAGACAGGCAUCAAUGAGUAUUGUGUUAGUGAUCCAAGACAGACAGGCAUCAAUGAGUAUUGUGUUAGUGAUCCAAGACAGACAGGCAUCAAUGAGUAUUGUGUUAGUGAUCCAAGACAGACAGGCAUCAAUGAGUAUUGUGUUAGUGAUCCAAGACAGACAGGCAUCAAUGAGUAUUGUGUUAGUGAUCCAAGACAGACAGGCAUCAAUGAGUAUUGUGUUAGUGAUCCAAGACAGACAGGCAUCAAUGAGUAUUGUGUUAGUGAUCCAAGACAGACAGGCAUCAAUGAGUAUUGUGUUAGUGAUCCAAGACAGACAGGCAUCAAUGAGCAUUCUGUUAGUGAUCCAAGACAGACAGGCAUCAAUGAGCAUUGUGUUAGUGAUCCAAGACAGACAGGCAUCAAUGAGUAUUGUGUUAGUGAUCCAAGACAGACAGGCAUCAAUGAGUAUUGUGUUAGUGAUCCAAGACAGACAGGCAUCAAUGAGUAUUGUGUUAGUGAUCCAAGACAGACAGGCAUCAAUGAGUAUUGUGUUAGUGAUCCAAGACAGACAGGCAUCAAUGAGUAUUGUGUUAGUGAUCCAAGACAGACAGGCAUCAAUGAGUAUUGUGUUAGUGAUCCAAGACAGACAGGCAUCAAUGAGCAUUGUGUUAGUGAUCCAAGACAGACAGGCAUCAAUGAGUAUUGUGUUAGUGAUCCAAGACAGACAGGCAUCAAUGAGUAUUGUGUUAGUGAUCCAAGACAGACAGGCAUCAAUGAGUAUUGUGUUAGUGAUCCAAGACAGACAGGCAUCAAUGAGUAUUGUGUUAGUGAUCCAAGACAGACAGGCAUCAAUGAGUAUUGUGUUAGUGAUCCAAGACAGACAGGCAUCAAUGAGUAUUGUGUUAGUGAUCCAAGACAGACAGGCAUCAAUGAGUAUUGUGUUAGUGAUCCAAGACAGACAGGCAUCAAUGAGUAUAGAGUGAUAAUAUAGACUGAUAAUGCUGACAGGUUAGUUUAGGGCAGGGAUGGUCAACUGUGAUAAUAUAGACUGAUAAUGCUGACAGGUUAGUUUAGGGCAGGGAUGGUCAACUGUGAUAAUAUAGACUGAUAAUGCUGACAGGUUAGUUUAGGGCAGGGCUGGUCAACUGUGAUAAUAUAGACUGAUAAUGCUGACAGGUUAGUUUAAGGCAGGGCUGGUCAACUGUGAUAAUAUAGACUGAUAAUGCUGACAGGUUAGUUAAGGGGGAUGGUCAACUGUGAUAAUAUAGACUGAUAAUGCUGACAGGUUAGUUUAGGGGGAUGGUCAACUGUGAUAAUAUAGACUGAUAAUGCUGACAGGUUAGUUUAGGGCAGGGAUGGUCAACUGUGAUAAUAUAGACUGAUAAUGCUGACAGGUUAGUUUAGUGCAG